UUCUUGCAGGGUUUCAAAUGACCUUUUUAAUCCUGCUCCAUAUACUGUUAACUGUUUUAGGAUGAUGUAAGCUCCAAGGACGAUUUACAGAAUCUUUCUGAUGCUUUGGAGUUUCAAAAAAAUGAAAUCUUGACUGCUCAGGGCAAGCUAUGAUCCAUACAGGCAAAAUUGGGAGUUUUGGAAGGAAAGAUGGCUUUGUCAAUAAUAGAUACACAAAAGGUUUUGGAGCAAACACAGAGGAUUGAUGAUGCUCAUAGAGCUUUACAACUUAUUCCUACUGCUUACAUGGCGUGGCCUAAUUCAGCAUCAGAGGUGCUCUUAGCAGGAUCAUUUGAUGGAUGGGCCACCCAGAGGAAGAUGGAAAUAUCAAGAACUGGUGUUUUUUCACUGUACUUGAAGUUGUAUCCUGGCAGAUACGAGAUCAAAUUCAUUGUUGAUGGUAAAUGGAUGAUUGAUGCCUUGCGCCCCGAUUGGUCACAAUAACGGACAUGAGAAUAACCUCCUUAUUAUCAC